AUGGAUGCACUAGCAUCAGUAGGUGAAUCAAUGAAAGAAAGCGAUCAUGUCAAUGCAAUACUACACAGUCUAACUGAAGAAUAUGGAAAUGUGAUGACCUCAGUCUUGGCAAGAUCAACCAGCAUAACACUGGGAGAAUUAGAAGCACUAUUACUCGCUAAUGAAAGCAUGCUAGCAAGAUUCAGAAAAUCUGAAUCUUUUUUACAAGCAAAUGUAGCUCAGCAUUCACAACAUUCACAAAUUCAACAAAAUCAAUUUUAUUCUCAAAGUUCAACAGCAAGAGAAAACUAUAGAGGCAACUUUCGUGGCAGACCUGGAAGAAUAUUUAGGGGAAGCAGCAGAGGUGCACAUGAUGCAGAGCGAAUGACUCAAGAUGCAGGAAGAUUCACACAAGAUGGUGAUUAUGGUAGAGCACAGUAUGGUCGAGGAAGAAUGAUGCAAGGUGGAAGGCCACAAUGCCAAGUCUGUGAUAGGGUUGGACAUACAGCAAAAUUCUGUUGGUAUAGAUAUGAUAAGGAGCAAUAUAAAGACAUAAAUGGAAUCACUCAGCCAAAGGCAAACUACAGUAAUGUCUUAGCAACUCCCUCCACUGUUCAAGAUCCGAACUGGUAUCCUGACUCUGGAGCCACACACCAUAUGACUCAUGAUGCACAUAAUCUCAUGGAGAAAGAGGCAUACACUAGAGAUGAACAAGUUGUCAUAGGAGAUGGUUCAUGUUUGCAUAUUCAUCAUAGGAGUGCAGCACAAGUUCUCAUGUCAUCACAUCCAUCAACAAAAUGGAUCUGCAAAGAGAAAGCACAGGCACAUAGUGGAAAUGGGCCUCAUACUCUUGGCUGGUGCCUCUAUGCCAACUAA